CCGACUCUAUCACUGCCGUCUGGCGCGCUCUCAAGUUGUCUACGUUAUUUUUUUGUGCUUUCUUGUCUGCUUGAACCUGGCCUAUUGUGCUGUUUAAUAUAUACGCAUACGUCGAUUUAAAUUUGCAUAUUGACCAUGAAAUUCACAAAGCCCUCAUGGGUUAUGCACAAAGAUACCUCCUUUCGAGGAGAACAGGAGAAACGGGUGUCAAUAUUUUCCGUCCAUGUUCACCCUGACGGCUCCCGGAUAGCAACCGGCGGGCUCGACGCCAAGGUCCGUAUCUGGAGCACGAAGCCCAUCCUCAACCGCAACUCGGAGCUCUCUGGGAGGCCGCCGAAGUCGCUCAGCACUUUAACGAUGCACACGGGGCCUGUACUUGUCGUCCGAUGGGCGCACUCGGGGCGGUGGCUGGCGAGCGGCAGCGACGAUGAGAUUGUGAUGAUCUGGGAUUUGGACCCCAUGGCUCGGGGCAAGACUUGGGGCUCGGACGAGGUCAAUGUCGAGGGCUGGAAGCCACUGAAGCGAUUGCCAGGGCAUGAGAGUGACGUCACGGACAUGGCGUGGUCUCCAGGCGAUAGGUACCUCGCCACCGUCGGUUUGGAUUCCCAAAUUCUGAUAUGGUGUGGGUUCACUCUGGAGCGGCUGCGCAAGAUCGAGCAACACCAGGGAUUCGUUAAGGGCGUCUGCUGGGACCCCGUCGGAGAGUUCCUCGCAACGGGUUCUGACGACCGGUCUGUCAGGAUUUGGAGGACUACUGACUGGGGGAUGGAGGCCGAAGUCCGGAAGCCUUUCGAUCACUCUCCGGGGACCUUCUUUCGGCGGCUUAGCUGGUCGCCAGAUGGCGCGCAUAUAACAGCCUCAAAUGCAACGAACAACGAAGGCUACGUCUUCAUUGCAGCUGUGAUCGCUAGGAACACUUGGACGUCAGAGAUUAGCCUCGUGGGACAUGAGAAUACCGUUGAGGUAGCUGCGUACAACCCCCAUAUCUUCCUGAGAGAUCCAUCUCUGCCGGUUAUUGCGUCCAAUAUAUGCUCUGUAGUGGCACUCGGAGCAGAUGACAGAGCAGUUUCUGUCUGGCAGACGAAGUCGGCGAGGCCAAUGAUCGUUGCGAAGGAGGUGUUCGAAAGACAGAUUAUGGACCUCAGCUGGUCAAAGGACGGGCUCACGUUAUAUGCCGUGUCAUCGGAUGGCACUCUGGCUGUUUUCGACUUUGACCCAGACGAACUCGAGGGCAUCGCACCAGAGUCUGCGCAGGAACAGUAUCUCAAGAAGUUUGGAUUCGUUCCUCCUCCUUUGCCCGAAGGAUACUCGCAUCAGAUUGCCAAAGCGCAGUCGGCGGCGCGGAUGACGCCUCCGCCGUCUCCUGGUCCCGAGCACUCUCAGACAGGCUUCGACGACCAAGCCAACGGCGGGGAACACAUUAACAAGCUGGUCGCGAAACGAAAGCCGAAGAAGCGCGUGCAGCUAACCUUUGCCGGGGUCCCGUCUGCCGGAACCGAGAGUAUCAACACCGCGGGCACUACAACGGCUGCUCCUGUAAGCGCCGCAGGUGGCGUGGGCUCAGCGAGUGCACGCCCAUUCAGUGAGGUUCCCGUGUCUGCCACUUCUAUUUCUCACCGUCCACCUACAUCGCGCUCUGUUGCCUCUCUUCUGAAUGCCGAGCCCCUGCCACCAACCACAAGUACCUUCGGCCUUGGGAUUGGCGAAGAGGAUGUGGACAUGUUCUCGAUGGACAUGAAUACGGAGGUGUCCAUCAACUCGCUCGAAACGGACGCGCAGGCGGGCAGAGUAAAGCGGAAGGCCGUUGAAUCCGCCGACGAUCGCGUCAUGAGCAAGCCACGGACACUCGGCGGCGACCGUGUGCGGGAGACGGUCUCCAUCCGGGAGAUUGCUGGGUCUGCUGCUACAUUUGGACCGGCGGGUGGGAGCCUUGGGCUGUGGAGCGAGCCAUCGAGCUUGAUGGGCCGACUGCAAGUCCCACCUGUGCUCACCUAUCUCAAGGCGAAUGUAGAGGGAAGCGAGGAUGUGUUUGAAGGGCGGAACUCUGAGGACGGAGCAGGUGCGACGGAGGUACUGUUCGUGAGCGGGAAGCAGACACAGUGGCUGGACUAUCUCCCGUCUCCGGUCAUUGCGCUCGCAGCCACCACUACGUUCUGCGCUGUCGCGAUGCAGGAUGGAUCCGUGAAUGUUUACUCGCACACAGGGCGAAGACUCAUGCCAACUUUAACGAUCGGCUCUCCGUGCUCAUGGUUUAGCGGAAACAAGAACUCGCUGAUGCUGUUAACGUCGUCGGGUCUUUUGCACGUUUGGAAUGUGAAGAAACAAGUUGCCGUCUUCCAACCGACAUCUGUGGUUCCGAUCCUUGGGCCAUCCCCGAACACUACUAUUAUCUCCGCCGCCGUCCGCGCUAAUGGUGCUCCCGUGUUCCAACUCUCGACAGGCGUGGCCCACACCUGGGACCCAGCACUCUCUGCCUGGGUCAAAUUGAGCGAACCGUGGUGGGCUAAAGGUUCAGACGCUUGGCAAGGGCGCCAACGAUCGAACAACAAUUCCGCUACCCGCGGUGUAGUCAGUGUUUUGGAGAGCAGCAUCAGUGAACGGAUCUCAGACGAAAAACCGCCGACAACUAUACAACGCCCGGCGUGGUGGAACGUAGCAUUGACUUUAGGUCAUUUGGAAAGCAAGUUGCACGCUGCGAAGGCAUUGGAUAGCCCGCAGGAAUACAAGCAAGCACUGCUCUUGUUAGCAAAACGGAUUGCAGAUGAAGGAUUCAGGGGCAAAGCAGAGGAGUUGGUGAAGGAGCUGUUCGGGCCCGUGUAUUGGCGGCCGGGGCGAGAGGACACGUGGUCACCUACGUUGCUGGGAAUGGCGAAGCGCGAUUUAUUGAAGGAUGUGCUUGCCGUGUUCGCACGGAGUAAGACGCUGACGAAGUUGGCUCUCGACUGGCAAGACAUGUUGAAGAAGGCAUCAAAUGAGGAGUAAUGUAAAUAAUCUGCUAAUGAGAUACCCGCAUUGUUCGUCGAAGGACCCGAGCCUCGGAAUUAGGUUCCGUCAUUCAUUGUUUGCGGCAUCGAGGGCCCGGCGUGCACGAAUGGAAGCU